UGGGCACGCCAGUGUGUCCCCCGCGCCGAGAGCCCCGGCUCCCAGUGCGCGGCUGCUGCACGGGCGUGCUGGUACCAGGCUUUUCUCUAAUUCUCCAUGGCAACAGCACAGGGCCCGGUGACCUGUGAGCCUGCCGCCCGCCUCCUCGGCACCUACCUCUCCUCCGAGCCCCUAAGCGUCGCUGGCAGCAUGGGCAGCGUGGGCAGCCUGGUGGAGAAGCAGGACCUGUCUCCCCUGGAGCUGCGGGCCCCGCUGGGGGGCUCGCGGGGGCUUCGGCAGCCCGACGGCUUGCUCCGCAAGGGGCCGAGCCAGCGGGAGCUCUUUGGCUACAUGCACGGGGCCAGAAAGGAGACGCGGUCCGAGCGGAAGCACCAGGCGGCCGGCGCGUGCUACAAGCGGGACUACGAGAGCGACCGCGAGAACCGGUCCCCCGAGCGCUGCUCCCGCGACCACCACCGCGGAGGCGAGUUCUCCAAGAGCUCGCUGCCCGAGAGGGGCCGCUUCGACAAGUGCCGUAUCAGGCCCUCAGCCUUCAAGGCAGUGGCUGGGAAGGGCCUGGUCUCCACGCAGGGCCUGUCCUCAUCCAAGGGGCAGAAGCUAUCAAAGAGCAACGGGAGCCUGCACACGCUGCUGUCGCAGAGCAGCGCGGUCGUCCCGCAGCACGGCCCACUCCGCACCCACCUGCUCCAUGCCAUCAGCCUGGAUGAGGCCUCUGACUCCAGCCACAACUCCAUCCAGAGCUUCCCCUCGUACGGCUCCCGCCUCAAGCCUGCCCAGAGCCAGUUCAGUGCCUCCAUGGGCCAUAUCAACCACAUCGGGGGCUCCCUGGACAGAGUCUCACGGAGCCCCAGGGAGCCCCUGGCCCCUGAGCAGGCACCCGUGUCCUGCAAAAGCAUGGCCACGCUGAGCCGGCUGCAGAGCCCUGGGGAGCCCCCACCGCCUUAUGAGUUCACCUACUCACUGGAGGAUGCAGUGAAGCAUCUGGAGGACCGGCUGCAGGAGACAGGAGGAGAGCUGCGGCAGCUCAAAAGGAGCCUUAGUGAGACUGAAGACCCCUUCACACAGGUAUUUGAGGACAAGCAGCGGCUGUGGCUGGAUGAGCUGGAGGAUCUGAAGCAAAUGUACAUGGCCAGACUGCAGCAGGUCACACAGCAGGCCCAGCGUGGCCAGCGGGCGCUGCAGCUGCAGCUCUACAAGGCACAGCAGGAGAAGAAGCGGCUGCAGGAGGAGCUAAGCAUGCAGCAGUGCCAGUGUGAGGAGCCCCGGCAGUCCCAGGGUGAGCGUGUCAGCCCCAAGCUGGAGGAGACCAAGUGGGAGGUGUGCCAGAAGGCAGCUGAGAUCUCCCUGCUCAAGCAGCAGCUCCGAGACACCCAGGAGGAGAUGGCUCAAAAGCUGGGCGAGAUCUUUAGCCUGAAAACACAGCUGCGGGAGGCCAAGGCUGAAGUACAGGCCAGAGACUCCCAGCUGGCACAACUGGCAGACUCUUUCCAGAGCGCCCCGGAGCCCGGUGCCUUGCUGCCGCUGGGCGACGACCCCAUGCCGCCUUGCCAGGACUUCCCCGGCUGUGAAACUGAUGACUCCAAGUGCCGGGGCAUCCACAGCGACAGUGCAGAGCCCUUGGAGAGGCAGGUGGAGUGGCUGUGGGCAGAGCUGCUGCGUGAGCGGCGCCAGGGCCAGCUGCAGGCCAUGAACUUUGAGUUGGAGAGGAAAACCUGGCAGGAAGAGAAGGAGAAGGUGCUGAGGUACCAGCGGGAGCUCCAGGCCAGCUACAUGGAGAUGUACCAUCGGAGCCAGGCAUUGGAGCGGGAGCUGCGGCAGCUGCGGUCAGAGCCCAGGGACAUGGGAGCCGACUCACCUUGGAUCGAGCGGGUGGAGUCCUCGAAGAUCUGAGUGGAGAGAUGCCUGUGGGACUGUGAUGGGGGAAGACCUCUUGCUGCUGCAUUAGGAUGAUCUCAGGGUCUGCACAAGGACUGGACAGUCGGCACUGCCCUGGAGAGCAGGACUGAUUGCGACAAGGGCGCUUUUCCUUCUUGCAGCGCUUCAGGCCCAUCUAGGGGCAUCUCCGGAGCAGGGGACUAUUUGACCCAGGUUGGGGGGGGGGGUCUUGCAUGUGCCCUACACGCUGACUGCAGGGAUGUUUGCCCUGUGAUCCCUUCUGCCACGGGGGCAGAAACCAAGCACCCAAUGAGACAUCCACUCUUCCUCCUGCUCGGCCUCCCUUCUCCCCUACAAUCUAUAAAUUAACUUCUUGCUAAGGUGAGGCUCAAGCCCUGUCCCUGGUGCCACCCAGGCUGCAUGCUUGCCCCAUUGCAUUGUUGCAUGGGGUUUUUAGCUGGUGCUCACAGUGGCUGCCCCAACAGCAGGCCCUUGCGCUGCUGAGGUGCCCUAUGCCUGGACUGGUUGGGGUUGGGGCUGCUGGGGACAUCAAAGAGGAAAGCCUGGUACCACUGAGGUUGGGGGAGCCUGCCCCCCAGCAUCUCUGUUGGGGCUUUUCACCACACUGGUGCAUGAGGGUAUCCGGGAUGCUCCACAGCAGAGGGGAGUUCACGCAGCAUCCCAGUGCAGCGCCUCGGGGCUGGGAGGGGGGAGGGCGAGUGCCUUGUGCCAGGAGGGAGGGGAGCUGUGUCUUGCCCCUGAGGUGGCCUUGGGGGAAGAGGAGGAGGACAGGUGUGUAUGGAGUAGGGGAUGAUGGAAUCCCCAAGCCAGGAAGUGCCUGGGGCAUCUUCACCUCUCCCCUUGUGGGUGAGGCGUGGGGCGAGGGCAGGUCGAGCCGGUGCUGGAAGGAGCCCUGCUCCCUGCCUGUACCCGUGGUGCCGGCUGAACACCAGGCCUGGCGUAGCUCUCGCGUUUUCCUGCAAUAAACCUGGAGCUGAUUCUCCCA